AUGUCGCUCGCUCGGGGUAGUGUCGGGCGCAUAUUGCGUCAAAGAACAUUUUAUACCAGUACUUUUCACCUUAAAGACCGCUCACGUCCUCCACCACCUAUCGAAGAUUCGACUUCGGCUCUAGACUACAAAUCGUCACAGCGAAGAUAUCCACCACCUCUGCCAGAGACCAGUCUCCCGCGCUCAAGAACUGCGGAAGAGGCCGUAACAAACAUCUUAUACAAUACUCCACCUCCCAGUAAUGAGCCGUUCAAAAAACACACCCUCAACUGCCUAGUUCAAAAUGAACCUGGUGUAUUAUCUCGGGUUUCGGGCAUCUUAGCUGGUCGAGGAUUCAAUAUCGAUUCGCUUGUCGUCUGCCGGACCGAAAUCCGUGACCUCGGGCAAGACGGAGUUGUCGAACAAGCUAGGCGGCAACUCGAAGAUUUGGUUCCGGUCUGGGCGUUCUGGACUAUACUAAUACCCGGACUAUCAACCGAGAACUUGCGCUCGUUAAACUGUCGGUGGGACCAGAAUACCUCGAAGACCAACUUCAAGGGGGGCCCCACUCAUCAAGCUAAAACCUUCGAGCGUGAAACCACGCUUGCGCAUAAUUUUGAGUCUUCGGCAAAUCCUCACCCAGAUCCCCAUGCGGUUGAACCUCAACCCGCCAUUAGCCCUAAGUUUGGGGCCAAGAUCGUAGAUGUGAGCGAAAACAGCGUGAUUGUCGAGAUGAGCGGCAAGACAACUCGUGUGAAUGCGUUUUUAAGUUUGGUCAAACCGUUUGGAAUUUUGGAAAGUACAAUGGUUAUGCCUCGUACGCCUAUUAGCGCCAGUCCAGAGGAUACAGAGCCUAUGAUCGAAACCAGUGGGCCUGUGGACCCAAGCUUGCUUCCCCCAGGCUAA